GAUAAACAUAAUUUCAAAACGUGUCACGUUUUUAUUCCAUUCACCAUUACACGUAUAAUGAUUAUGCCGAACAUAUUGUACUGGGGUUGAAAACCUCACAAAGGUCCCAUCAUAAUGCUCGGUUAUAAUCGCAACUAGAGUUUAAGUGAGAAGACAUGAAAUCAAUAUGACCCCCUACCCCCCCAGACAAAAGGUGUGUCGGGGAAAAAGCGGCUGUGACGUCACAUACGUACCUGAGUUUCAGGAAAAAGUUAUAAUUUCAGCUUUUUGUUUGGGAGGCGAUCGAUCUAUCGCGAAGUUCCGUCAUCGGAGCGGAUUGCGGAGUAAAAGCCGGAGCUGCUGCUUGUAUUUGCGGGUCGAUGGCGGUUCACCCCCGGCGUGUGCGGCUCAAGCCCUGGCUGGUAGCCCAGGUGGACCUGGGGCUGUACCCAGGCCUGAUGUGGCUGGACCGUGAGGCCAAGAGAUUCCAGAUCCCCUGGAGACAUGCUACACGCCACUCCCCUCAGCAGGAGGAGGAAAACACCAUCUUCAAGGCAUGGGCUGUGGAAACGGGGAAGUUCCGAGAGGGUGUGGACGAGCCAGACCCUGCUAAGUGGAAGGCCCAGCUCCGCUGUGCCCUCAACAAGAGCCGUGAGUUCCAGCUGGUGUACGACGGCACCAAGGAGGUGCCCAUGAACCCGCUGAAGGUCUACAAUGUGUGUGACAUCCCCCAGCCAAUCAGCAACCCAGGGUCAACAAGCUCGACCCCGGCGGAUGAGGAUGAUGAUGACUGUGCGGACACUCCUGAUUCACCCCUUCCACCAUACCCAAGCAACGGUGCUGAUCUCUCCCCUGCAUGGUCUCCGAGCUGCCCCCCACCAGCCGAAACAUGGCCUCCUAAAGAGGAGCCUGUGGACAUGGAAGUGCAUGUCCCACCCUUGCCCGAGUCUCUGUUUGCUUCCCCAGAGAUGUGGAUCAGCUCCUUGCCCAUGACAGACCUGGAGGUGCAGUUCCAGUACCGAGGCAGGGAGGUGUGCCCAGCCAUGACGGUCAGUAACCCCCAGGGCUGCCGGCUCUACUACGGGGACCUGGGCCCCAUGGUGAACCAGGAGGAGCUGUUCGGCCCGGUGAACCUGGAGCAGCUGCGCUUCCCCAGCACCGAACACAUCGCCAAUGACAAACAGCGGCUCUUUACAAACCGUCUGCUCGACGUCAUGGACCGCGGUCUCAUCCUGGAGGUCAGCGGCCACGACAUCUAUGCCAUGCGCCUCUGCCAGUGCAAGGUGUACUGGUCCGGGCCGUGUGCACCCAACCCCACCGCCCCCAACCUGAUCGAGCGCCAGAGGAGGAUCAAGCUCUUCUCCCUGGAAUCCUUUCUCAGUGGUGUGAUUACCCACCAGAAAGGGCAGUCGGAGCGCCCCCCACAGUUCGAGAUCCAGCUCUGUUUCGGAGAAGAGUGGCCGGAUGGCAGACCUUUGGAGAGGAAGCUCAUCAUGGUGCAGGUGGUCCCAGUGGUGGCUCGCAUGAUCACGGAGAUGUUCACGGGCGAUGGCACGCGCUCAUUUGACAGCAGUAGUGUGAGGCUCCAGAUCUCUGUGCCUGACAUCAAGGAUAACAUAGUAGCUCACCUGAAGCAGCUCUACCACCUACUUCAAACUCACCAGAGCCCCGAGGGCUGGAUGGGGACCCCUCCCAUGCAGCCCCAGUGAGGACUUCAUCCCCCCUCCCCCACAACAACACCUCUGAAGAAUGAUAGCGGUGUCUCCCAAUCUGGUCCUUGGGAAGCCGCAGACAGUACGUGUUUUUCUCUCUCCCAGCUCCUGAUAGACUAUGGACUGUCUGGAAGAGAGCUGGGAGGGAGCAAAACCACGGACUGUCUGCGGGUCCCCGAGGACCGGAUUGGGAGACCCUGGUAAUAGUACAGAUCAGCCUUUCACCUCUAACUUGUCACAAGACACCUGAAGUGCCCCGUUAGUCUGUGAGGCCCUCCCAGGGCUCUUAGUGUUUCCAUCUCGCUUAUUUUAUGAUGUUCUGUGUUGAUUUUCCAGAAACUUCUAGCUAAAGUGUAUUCUGCUUCUGAAGUUGUUAUAGGUAUUUUUCUAAGGGUGACAUUAAUCAUAACAUUUUGAAUGUACUUAGAUUUGAUGAUCAGGCACUUAACUGUAGUUUUGGGAGAAUUACACCCAUGCUUGUGGUUUGAGGGCUCUUCAUGCCCCCCUGCCCCAAUUUAAGAGCCGUUCUGUGCAUUUAACCAGUAAGUUGUAAUCCUUUGUAAUCCCUGUGAAUUUGUGAGCCGGGAUUUUAAUACUUGUAGUGCUGAUUUGUGGUGAUUCUCGAGCACAGGAUCGAGGAACCUCUGAGAAUGUUGUUGUGGAACAUAAGGAAACUGUUUAAAAGUGAGACUACCAGCAGUAGUAAUGCAGUGGACAAUGUGUCUGAACUAGGAAGUGAACUGGGGCAAUUGGAAAGUGCAGUUACCUGUGUUGGAAUAUAAUUCAGAUGAUUGCAUGCAGUAUACUUAGGAUUCAUGCUUUGAUAUUACUGCUGUAGUAGAGAUGAAUAGUCUGAAGCUGUUUUAAAUGUCUAGGUUUUUGUGUAGAAAUAUGCAUUUUCAUUAUAAAAUGGGACAUAUUUAGAUAUUUGUUCUUUUUUUAUUAUCUUGGCACGUAUGUAAUUUUUGUUCCACCCACAAGGUUAUUUUAAUUGGCCUGUUGAACGUCCUCCUCUGAAACACUACAUUUCGGGCAGGUGCUAGCACUGGCUAUCAGUGAUAGAAAUUCAUAACUGCAGUCAUUGGCUUUUUUUCUUUUGUUAAAGUGCAUUUCUGAUAUGAACAUAUUCAGUCUGACAGUUAUACAGAUUUACACCAUGGAUAAAUGCUUCUAACAAAGCAGCACGUUUACUUAAUUACGGCAUAGAUAUUAAACGUACAGCCAGUGUAUACCAUUCUGUAUGGCUCUGUGUAAUAUUCUGCUGAAGUAACAUUAGAGGGCUGUGUGGAGCAGGACUGAAUACGUUUUCUAGGCCCUUUCCAGUGUGCCACCUUGUGGAUCUUGCGCAAAACACUAAUGUUGCAUCCUAACUCUUAGCCUAAACAGUUUCUGGCUUCCAUCUAAGGAGAUAGACAGCUUAUAAAUAUUAGUGAAGUCUUCACAAAAAUAAAUCCUUAUUUUAACUAAACAAAACCAUUGUUGUAGUGAUGUUUAUCCCAAAAAUCAGGCGUAUGCUAUGUAAUACUUCCUCCACAGACAUGGUAUUAGCUUUGAUCAGCUGCCAUGAGCAAGAUACACUGUGGACUGUUGUCAUUUCAUACAUGCAUCUCACCCCUGUCUGUUCUAGGUACUGUUUAUUGUAUGGUUUCAGUCUACUAAUAGCUGAUCUGUGUCACUGCUACUUGCCUCCUGAUUUAAGGGUUUUUAAAAUUCCCUCUUUCUUAAUUGCUAAAGUUCCUCAGCUGGAGUCCUUCCCCCAACAGAGAUAUUUCUCAACAGAUGUAUUGCUUUGUUUUGGAUUUAUGGAGAAGAGUACAAGGGAUGUUGUGAUGAAGUCAGAGAAAUGACAGGACGAGGCCCCAGGCAAAAUUCAGCUAUUACACAUGUGGCAUUGCUGCUUAUCCAACACCUCAAUGGGAAUCUGUCAGCAAUUGCUCAGAUAUAGAAGUAGAUAGUAGAUAGUGUAGUGAAGUAGAUAGUGACUCUGUCCUUUCAGGGAACUGCAACAGGUGACGCAUAGAUCACUGUAAAAAAAAAUUAUGGCAACAAUAAAAGACUAUAAAAUCCAAAAUAGCACAUCACCUUACUGGAUACAUUGAAUUGCCCUAAGUCAAGAAGCAGUACAUAAUUAUCAUUUUUCUCAUAAUAUGUAGAAAACAUACAAGUUUACUGUGAAAUAUAUAAUAUUUUGGUUAAAUUAAUGGGGAAAUACCAUAAUGUCACAAGCAAGUAAUUACCUUAAAAUCUAAAAUCCGUGGUAAAUUCUAAAUUAGUUUUUGCCGAUGUGUACUAUUUAAAUUUACAAUAUAAAACUUUUCACCAUUAAGCAAAAUACCGUAAUUUCUACAGAAACAAUGUUACAAAUAUGGUAUGUUUUUUUUAAAUAAUGUUGUUCAAGGUAAAACAUAUGUUUGAAUAUCCUGUUUGCUGUAAUUUUAUGUAAUGUCUAGUUAGUCUAAUCUGACACGCUAUGAAAAUACUAUAUGACUACUGUACAAAUAAAGUUUUGCUUUUCUUGAACCCAA